UCCCUAUUUUGGUCCUGGCAGGUGCCCAUUAAUCAGCUGAUGUUACCCAAGUAACGUAGAUGCUACUGGACUUGAUGGGCAAAGAACUGGAUUUCCCCGCAGACCUGCAGCCUGUUCAACAGUAGAGGAGAAGAGUACAGAACUGGAAUGACAUCCCCUAUCCAGCCUCCAAAGCUUCACUCAACCCAGCUGAACAAUGGCUGUUCUGUUGUCAGUGCAAGCUCAUGCUAGUGAUGGACAACAGCCGGACGGACGCUAACCUUAGCUGGCAUUCACACAACAGCAUCCCUCCUUACUGAGACCAGCUCCACAGAAUGCUGAGUCCUAUUGUCCCCUAUAGCCUGUUAAAGAUGCACUGGAACCCAGAGCAUGCCCAGCCUCUCAGCCAGUGGCCUGAGCAGCACCUUGACGUCUCCUCUACCACCUCCUCUCCGGCCCACAAGUCAGAAUUCUACCCUGGCCGCGGUCGCAGCGGCUCCAACUACGCUUGGGCCAAUGACGACAUCUCUGCUCUCACAGCUUCCAACCUGUUGAAGCGUUAUGCUGAGAAGUAUUCUGGCCUGCUGGACUCACCAUAUGACCGGCCACCUACUGUAGGCACCUACCCAGAGCCAGGGGCCUUUGGGGGCCUCAAUGUCCCGAAGACUGAGCUGGAGCCCUGGCCACUGACACACAGCACUGAUGCCUCCUAUUCCCUUGUGCCCCCUGGAGGCCAUGACAGCCUCUCAGGUUCCAAAACUGUGGCCACAUCUGCAGGUCCUCCAGGGGUUAGUAGUGUUUCAGUGGUGAACAGUAACCUCUCAGACUCGGGCUACAGUGGCAGCAGCUCCUGUAGUGGCUCCAGCGAGUACCCCUCUAGUUACAAUGGCACCUAUCUUUCCUCAGGGUACUGUCCCCAACCCAAUGCAGCACUUCCCCCUGCCUCCCUCCACACUCUCCAAUCCACCCCUACCCUAGUGUCCAGCUAUAGCCCUACCACACCAGUCUAUAACUACCCCCCUAGCACAUACCCUCCCCAUACCAGCCUUGCCCCCAGCUACAGCCACCCCUCUGCAACUUACCUACCCUCAGGUCUACAAGCCCCUACUCCUGUUCCCUCAAGGCCCACAGUGGUAGGAGGCAGUUAUAGUUACCAGAGCACCAACCUUGGGACAUCUGAGUCUGGCGGGACAUUAAAAAGAAAAGCAUUUGAGAUGAGUGUAGAAGAGGAUGAGAGCGGGGACGGGUCUCGUUACAGGAAAUAUAGCUAUGACCCCUUAAAGGCUGGGGGGAACUCACCCUACAGUGUGAAUGACAAAACAGAGUGCCGGGGAAACGGCUUCAGUAGUUCAGGCAGCACAGACCCUCAAACCUUCAAGCCCAGUAAGCCCUCCUCCCAGCCCCUGGUGUCUCCUCAGUAUGGGGCAGCUGGGGAGUACAGCCCUCCAGCGGGCAUGACGGGGGAGAAUGGCGGGGCAGAGCAGGGCUUCAUCCAACAGCAGCAGCAGCACCGCUCCCAGGCCCACAAACGCUCUCCAUUGUGUGCUCCAACUGUUGAGACUAUGAAGAGCCCAGACCCCCGAUUGUUGGACCUUGUUAAUGGGGAGUUACUGGACUGUAGCCCGGCACUGGGUUGGGGUGAGCUGGCCGGGCUCACCCAUGUCAAGGCUGCCCUGGAGGAGGACCUGCUGUGGCCCGUGUUGAGGCCCAGUCCAGUGAUGCGACCACCAAGAACCGUCCUGCUGUUUGGUCCCCGGGGAGGGGGUAAGACGACGUUGACCCGUUCUUUGGCUUCACAGUUGGGGGCUUCCUUCUAUCGGUUGAGUGGAGCCAUGCUGGCCUCUAAAGGGAAGGCUGAGGCAGAGCACAUUCUGGGGUCUCUUUUGCAGGUGGCGGGGGCACGGCAGCCCUCUGUGGUGCUGCUCAGCCAGGUGGAGGCCAUGGAAGAGGAGGGGCUGAGGCAGAGUCUGCUGACCACCACCCUGGAGAAAGCCCAGGUAGGGACCACAGGUCUGGUGAUUCUUGUAUGUGCCACUGGAAGGCCAGAUCUGCUGCAAGAUGCAGUCCAUCGGAGCUUUGCCAAGCGAUAUCACGUUGGCCUGCCAGAUGUGGGUAUGCGCAGGCAGGUGCUGCUGCAGGCGCUGUCGCCCCAGGGCUGCAGCCUGAGCGAGAGGGAGCUGAGCGCUGUGCUGCAGCGCACAGAGGGCUUCUCAGUGUGGGAGCUGCUGCAGCUCAGCCAGCAGGCACUCUCCUCAGCAUCCUCUCCCACUGGGGCCAUGCAUGGCCACCCCACAGCCUCCAAACCCCCAGCCUUCACAGACUUUGAGAAUGCCUUCUGCAAGGUGCGCCCACACACCACCACAAAAGAACUGGAUACUUGUAUAGAGUGGAGCAAGAUGUAUAACCACUGAGAAAGCAACAAGUCACUGUAAUCGGACUGCAUUAUGACCCUGUCUUUGCUUUGACAUGGAAAGCCAUGGGAAUGUUUUGUUGUUUUGCAAUUACAGAUUAUGCAGCCAAAAGAGCCAGUGAAGCUCAAUGAUUGUUUUCGUAUGAAUAUCCGCAAUAUUUUAUUUUUCCCAAAGAAAAGAAAGAUGAAUAGGCCUUGUUGAGUGGGGUAGUGUAUUAGUCUUUUGGCCAACAGGAAAAUCAGAUUAUAUUCUAUUUGGAAACUCUCAGAGAUCCUGAUUAGCCUUGGUCCGGGACAAAGUCAAUUAUUAGUUGCUAGGUGAUGUGGUCCAAGAUUAUGGAUAAUCAGGGUUUGGCAAAAUCCCCCCUUUGACUGCUACUCUCAGGAUCCUAUUUAUUGCCAGUCCACUUCCAUGUUAUCCUAAUGUUGAUUUAGUCAUUGGACUGUCACUAAUUAUUCAGUACAAAUGGCUUGGGAUCAUUUUAGCAGACCACAGUUUUUGACCAAAAAGGUGUCAAACCAAAUGCAUAAUCAGCAGUGUUUCUAUAUUUCUCAAAACAGACUUCAAAAUCAGGUCUUCAAAAUCACAAUAAAUUAAUCUUUCUCGAUAGCUUCUCACCAAAUCAAAAGUUAGUCCUUAUUAUUUCAAAAAAGAAAGUAAAAUCAAAAGACUUUUAUUAAAUCCGAGCAUGCUGCUGUCCUUCCCAGGAGUUACUUUUUUCAAGUAAAACCUUGCCGUUACACUCAACAUGUUUGGUUGUAGUAAUUACUUUAUUACUGUUGGGUUGUUGUCCUUAAAUUCCACAUACAUUUGUUCUCGAUCUCACAUUCCUCAUCGUCUGCAGUUUUCCUGAGAAUCUCACUUACAAAACAAAACGUACCCACCUGCACACCCACCGUCUCCUACAGUCUGUUUUCUCUUUCAUUUACUCCUUGUGUUUUCUUAGUAUUUAGUCUUGUUUGAAAUGCUCAGGAAGAAUUUCUUUACCUCAGAAAUAUGAAAUAAAGAAUGUAUGUAAUCUUAUGGUCUUAGUAGAGAGUGGCGCGGAGCGAGAGAAAGGAGCGAGGAGAAACCUGACAGUCUUGUAAUACCCACUACGGUUGGGCUUUUACCUCGGGAGAGAAACUUGAAUAUGCUACAAAGAGUAACAUUGAAUGUAAUUCAGGUAUUUCAAAGGAUAUUUGAUGCCAUAAAUCCAUGUAUUAUUAUAUAUGAAUAUAUAAAUCUGUUUUCUUUUCUGUUCUUUUACCCUUUAUUUUUAUUGUAGUUUAUGGUGGAGUGAUGAUUGUCUUCAAGAAAUGCUAUGUAGAAUACAGAAAAUAUUCCUUUUUUUGUUGGACAAACUGCUUACAAAUCCCCGUGUUAUUUAGUGUUUACAUAUCCUGUAUAUGCAUGUCUGCUGUUUAUAGUUUUAUAGCUGCAAAAUAUAAUUUAAAAAUGUAAAUACAACACACACAAUCAUACAUGUGUACUCACAGUGAACACCUGAGCACAAAAUACCUUCCAAAAAGAAAACAAACAAAAACACAGAUGCAAAAAAUAAAGCUUAAAGAUGAAGUUGUUAUAUGUAGCUUUCAGCUAAUCCCAAAGUCUGAGAAUUCACAGUUUAUGUGUACAUAUUGUGGAUGAACCCAACAUGUAGGCAAUCCAGACAAAUCUCUCCUUUUCCACCAGUCCUACAUUUCUGUUUUAACAAGCUGGAAAAACCCGGUCACUGGACUGCUGGUACAGAGGUUGUCGUAUUAGACUGUUGCCAUGGUCCUGAGGAGGUAUACACAGAAUGAUGUAAUAUUUCCCACUGCCCUUUCCUCUCUCUGUCUCUCCCUCCCUCCCUGCCUCAUCAUUAUUUUUCCUUUUCUCUCUCCCCAGUGCAAUCUCAUUAGAUUGGAUUGCCCCUUGGCCACAAGCCCCAGUGGCCAUGUGGCCCCCCCCUCGCUAUCCCUUUAUACCGAUUCCUCUGGAGUGGAAAUGGUCUGAUUGAUGUCCAGCAACCCUAUAUCACAGUGCAGCCGUCCCUCUCCAGCUGGUGGCUUCAGUCAUGCCAUACAGCCAGAUCAAUCAGAGUGACCCCCGCUGUGCAAACUGAUCACUGUCUCAGAAACUGAAAACACAUUUACAACUUGCAGAACAACACCACUCAAGUGGCACGGUCUCAAUAAUGCUAGCAUUUAUUCACAUGUAAUUACAGAAAUUAAAUAAUAAUUAUGAUUUAGAGGUAUAAGUAGCUACAUUUUGAAUUGUUGUUGUUCCCACUACUCCCGACAGUUUGUCCAACAAACCAAGCUUUUAUUUUUUACAUGUUUUGAUCUGUUAUGGAGAUAACUUUGUUCUUGGUUAUUGUAUAUUUUCUGUAACCAUUUCUACCUCAUUUUUGCGGCAUAUUGUACAUGAAAGUAUUUAUUUCAUGUCUUUUUUGAUGUCUGUUUUAAAAAUGAUAAUGAUGUUCUUGAACUGUAAUGGUCUACCUCAGAAAAGACUGUAUUUUAAGAGAAGAGUAUCACACAAUAUUAAACAGAAUUUGUAAAUAUUG